UGAUGUGUUUUGUUCUGGACAACAAUGGAGGAAGAAGAUCCAUCAGCUGUGAUUCACACACAACACCUGUUAGUAGAAUUUCAACCUUUAACAUCGAUCAAAUGAAUUACAUACAAAUCGAUUCUCAUCACAUUUGAUGAGGCUACACAUUGAUCCACGUUCACAUACUAACCACACGGUGGCGCCAUGUGAAACAUGGCAGUAUGAGCCCAACAAACCUUUGGCCACCUCACUGUACCUGACUCCCGCUCGCACUGUGGCAGCAUGAGUCACCACGAUGGCUCUGAAUAACUGGUUUCCUUUUCCAGAUGAGCAGUUAAGUAGAUGGAGCAGUAGAUGCAGACUGAGGGCGCUGCACACCCACUGCAGCCCUGCGUAGAUGCUGCUAGUAAUCCUCUUACCUCCCUAGGCAGCAGAACGAAUUAGAGGCAUGAAUCAGCGUUUGUGAUCUGCUAAAAUGGUUAUUAUAGCCUACCCUCAUUUAUUGCCUCAAAACGCCAAAAGCACCUCAAAAGCCACGAGCAGUUAUAAGACUUUAACGUUGAUAUACACGUAUCUACAAAUGUUGAUAUGAAACGUAUGUUUGACUCUCCGUAUUUGUGGUUUGCAGAAACGUACAACACCAACUACUUUGACCCACUAUAGUAAAGUUAGCUAAUUUUAGCUCAACGUAAAUAACUGAAUCAAAUAUUGAUCAUUUCUCCCCCUGAACUGAAUUCCUGUGUGGAGCUCCUGCGGGCUUCGGUACAUUUACAGCUUCACGUUGGGAAAUUAAAUUUACGGACAAGAUAACUGAAGAAUGAACUGGAUAGGCCUAUAUGCAUUAAGAGCGUAAAAUCUUUGGUGUAACUGGACCAAAUGUUCUGGUGGUGUUGUUGGCGGUGAUGGUGUUGACCUCAAAACUUGGUGCCGCUGGUUGAAUCACCAGACACUAUUUGGUUUGAAUGUGUUAACCUGAGCCAAGCCCGAAGCUCUGCAGCAUUUACUGAGCUCACACACAACUCCCUUCAUUCUUAGUGCAUCUACUUCAGUACUGCACUUACAACUUUUAGCUACUUUUACUUUGCUAGAGGAUUUCAGUAUUUCUGAAACCUUAUACUUUUCCUCGAGUACAUUUCAGAGGGAAAUAUUGUCGUCUUUACUUCACUACACUUUACUAGUUACUUUGCAGAUUACAAACAAAUCAUACAAUCAACUUGUAAAACAUCUAUUUUCAUCAUCAUAGAUUAAACUGCUCAGUGUAGUAGUUAAACUUUGCAACACCUCGACCAUUUACAAAAUGAAAUAGCUUUUUCCACGUUAAAGCAUCAGUAAUAAUGAUCCCGUAACGGUACUUUUGAUACGUUAACUACAUUUUGCUGUUAAUACUUCUGUACUUUUACUAAGAUUUUGCUUGCAAGAGUUUUACUUGUUGCUUUUACUGAAGUAAAAACUCUUUCUUUUUAUACCUAAAAGGACGUUGCCAGAAUGUAUUUAAAUUAAUGUGGAAGGAAGAAAGGGUGGAAUUGUUCAUUCAUUCAUAAUUCAUUCUUGUCACAAACCGCCAUCCGCAGCAACAACGGAAAUUAACUUAAAAUUAAGUAACAUAAAUUGAAAAAUGGGUUAAAGCUCCAGAAAAAGCUAUGAAGUGGACUUUGAGUUAAGAUUAUUGGGGGGGGGGCUCCUGUGCUGAGAUGAGCUGUGUUUGUGUUCCCUAUAAGUCUGUUACAGAACACAUUCACUUCAUUUGGUUUAAAGCACUUUACUUGUAACUUAAAUAAAACCGAUUUAUUUACAUCAUUUAAACAUCAUUUAAGUUCCAACAGUUUGACCAAAACUCAUUUGAAUUCAAUCUGUUGAAGCUGCGAGAGACGCUCAUGAACACAUCAUGCUCAACAGCUGAUCUGUGUGACCCACACACACACACACACACACACACACACACACACACACAUACACACACACACACGCAGAUGAACUCGCCUGAUUUCCUGUAAAUGGAGAGGGGAGGAGCAACACUGACCAUGUUAUAUGAGAACAGGGAGGAACCUGAAAGUGAAAGUGUUCGGCCAGUUCAGAGCUGUUUUUUACAGUCUGUGGUUCAGACUCCAUUUUGAGUCGACAGAGCAGAAGGACACUGAAGGCCGAGGCAGGACUGACUGAAGUCCAGAAGAUGAGUGUUUGUGUGGAGGAAGAGGAGGACAGAGCAGAGUCUCCAGGAUCCAGCUGUCUGUCCUUGAAGAGUGACCGGUCCAAAGAUCUUCCUCCAUUCUUCAGUGAUGAACCUGGACCCUCAGACACAAAACUGACUGAAGUCCAGAAGAUGAGUGUUUGUGUGGAGGAAGAGGAGGACAGAGCAGAGUCUCCAGGAUCCAGCUGUCUGUCUCUGAAGAGUGACCGGUCCAAAAAUCUUCCUCCAUUCUUCAGUGAUGAACCUGGACCCUCAGACACAAAAGUUCAGUCCAACAGACAGAGAGCAGAGUCUCCAGGAUCCAGCUGUCUGUCUCUGAAGAGUGACUGGUCCAAAGAUAAACCUCCAAACUUCAGUAAUGAACCUGGACCCUCAGACACAAAAGAGAGGAAGAGGAGUCACGUUUCUGUGGAGGAGCAGCCGUCCUGCUGUGCUUUGUGUCAGGACGUCCUGAAGGAUCCAGUCUCUACCAACUGUGGACACUGGUUCUGCAGACGGUGCAUCACCUCAUACUGGGACCAGUCUGCUUCAUCAGGAGACUCCUCCUGUCCCCAGUGUAGAAAAAGAUCCAGAACAAGACCUGGACUGCAGACAGCCAGUCAGACAAGCACUGUACAAAUGAGUGGUGGUCUGCAGGAGGUUUUAGAUGAACAUAAGAUCAGUCUGAGGAGGAGAUGUGAACGUGUGACUGAAGGAAGUGAUGAAACAGGAAGUGGAACCCUCCUCAACAGGAUCUACACUGAGCUCUACAUCACAGAGGGACAGAGCGAAGAGGUUAAUACCCAACAUGAGGUGCGGCAGCUUGAGACAGCUUCCAAGAUGGAGACCCUCCAUGACACUCCAAUCAAGUGCCACGACAUCUUUAAAGCCUUACCCGGCCAACAGGGACACAUCAGAGUCGUUCUGACGAACGGCAUCGCUGGCGUUGGAAAAACCUUCUUGGUGCAGAAGUUCACUCUAGACUGGGCAGAGGGCUUGGAAAACCAAGACGUCAGUCUGCUGAUUCUGCUUUCGUUCAGGGAGCUGAACUUGAUCAGAGAUGAGCGGUACAGUCUUCUCGAGCUGCUCCAUGUUUUCCAUCCAACAUUACAGAAGGUCACAGCAGAGGAGCUCGCUGUCUGUAAACUUCUGUUCAUCUUUGACGGCCUGGAUGAAAGCAGACUUUCACUGGAUUUCAAGAACACAAAGGUCCUAUCUGAUGUCACACAGAAGUCAUCAGUCAACGUGCUGCUGACAAACCUCAUAGAGGGGAAUCUGCUUCCCUCGGCUCUCGUCUGGAUCACUUCCCGACCUGCAGCAGCCAAUCAGAUCCCUCCUUCAUGUGUUGACAGGGUGACAGAAGUACGAGGCUUCACUGACGCCCAGAAGGAGGAGUACUUCAGGAGGAGAGUCAGUGAUGAAGAGCUGUCCAGCAGAAUCAUCUCGCACAUCAAGACAUCCAGGAGCCUCCACAUCAUGUGUCUAAUCCCAGUCUUCUGCUGGAUCACUGCUACAGUUCUGGAGCACAUGUUGACUACAGACCAGAGAGGAGAGCUGCCCAAGACCCUGACUGACAUGUACUCACACUUCCUGCUGGUUCAGACAAAGAGGAAGAAUCAGAAGUAUGAUGAGGGACAUGAGACGAGUCCACAGGAGCUGAUGGAGGCUGACAGGAAGGUUCUUCUGAAGCUGGGGAGGCUGGCAUUUGAACAUCUGAAGAAAAGAAACAUCAUGUUCUACAAAGAAGACCUGGAGCAGUGUGGUCUGGAUGUUUCAGAGGCCUCUGUGUACUCCGGAGUUUGUACAGAGAUCUUCAAAAGAGAGAGUGUGAUCUUCCAGAAAACAGUCUACUGCUUUGUUCAUCUGAGCGUUCAGGAGUUUCUGGCUGCAGUCUACAUGUUCCACUGUUACACCGACAGGAAGACAAAGGCACUGAAGGCUUUUCUGGGAGAAAAACACGUUGAUUCAACCCUGGAUGUCUUCCUGUUGGGAGCAUUGGAGAAAUCCUUGAGGAGUAAAAAUGGCCACCUGGACCUGUUUGUCCGCUUCCUUCAUGGCCUCUCUCUGGAGUCCAACCAGAGACUCUUAGGAGGCCUGCUGGGUCAGACAGACAAUAAUCCUGAAAUCAUCCAGAGAGCCGUCAACAACCUGAAGAAGAAGACGACAAAAAUCUCUCCUGACAGAAGCAUCAACAUCUUCCACUGUCUGACGGAGAUGAACGACCACUCAGUCCAUCAGGAGAUCCAAGAGUUCCUGAAGUCAGAGAACAGAUCAGAGAAGGAACUCUCUGAGAUCCAUUGCUCAGCUCUGGCCUACGUGCUGCAGAUGUCAGAGGAGGUUCUGGAUGAGUUGGACCUGAAGAAGUACAACACAUCAGAGGAUGGACGACUGAGACUGAUUCCAGCUGUGAGGAACUGCAGAAAGGCUGUACACACAGACAUGUGAUAUCUGUGAUCUGCU